UGAGGCCCCGUCCUGCCUGGGCAGUGAGGCCUCUACCCCAAGCUGCACAUUGGGGGCCCUGUACUGGGCCUGUGUCCGCAAUGACCCUGCCCAGCUGCAAGCCAUGCUGGAUGAUGGGGUCUCCCCAGAGGAAGCCACCCAGUGGAUGGCAACGGGAGGGCCUCAUGGUCGCCUGCUACCGUGGUUUCCAAAGUGUGGUGGCCCUGCUCAGCCGCUGUCCUUUCCUGGAUGUGAACCAGCAGGACAAAGAAGGGGACACAGCCCUCAUGCUGGCUGCCCAAGCAGGCCACGUGUCUCUGGUGAGUCACCUGAUCAACUACUAUGCAGGCCUUGACCUGGAGCGCCGGGACCAGCGGGGACUGACCGCGCUAAUGAAGGCCGCCAUGCGGGACCGCUCGGAAUGUGUCGCUGCCCUCCUCAUGGCAGGUGCUGACCUGACAGCAGUGGAUCCCGUCCGGGGCAAGACUGCCCUGGAGUGGGCAUUUCUGACAGACAGCUUCGACACGGUGCAGAGGAUCCGGCAGCUGCUGCGGCGGCCCCAAGUGGAGCAGCUCAGCCGGCAUUAUCAGCCUGAGUGGCCAGCCUUGCCCGGGCUCGUGGCCCAGGCUCAGGCCGCCCCGUCUCUCCUGGAGCGACUGCAGGCCACCUUGACCCUCCCUUUUGUCCAGUCUCCUCAGGAAGGGGGUGUCCUGGACCACCUUGUGACCAUCACGACCAGCCUGGCCAGUCCUUUCCUCACCACCGCCUGCCACACCCUGUGCCCUGACCAACCCCCUGCACUGGGAACCCGAAGGAAGUCUGUACCAGAGCUGCUAGGCACUGCCCCGCCCCCUCCCCCUGACCCCCAGCCCCCUCAGGAAGUCCCCGGGCCCCGGGUGUUCAUCCCCUACCAGAGCCCUCAGGGUGUGUUAAGCAUGUGCCCUCAGUGGCUCCAGCCCAGGGAUAGUACCAGCCCCAGGCCCCGAGCCCCCAAGAUCCUCCUCUCCAAGGCACCGUCCACUGGCAUUCAGUGGAAGCCAGAGUUCAGGUCUUCAGGGAACCGAAGGCUGUCCCUUCCUGUCUGGAGAUACCAGGAGCUCAGGAUGGAGAGGAAGAGACAGGAGGAGGCUGGAUUGGCACAGACCCAGGGGAAGACCGGCUAGGCUGGGCUGGGAGCAGGUAACCAGGCCCCUCCCUUAGGCUCCUUUGCGCUCUAGAGGCCCUUCAGCCUUCCCAUCCGCUUCUGAGAGGCUCUGUCUCUGGCUGUGCACAGGGCUAUUCAUACAGCAUUGUUUGCAACAAUAAAAGAGUAGAAGCAACCUAAAUGUUCAUCAAUAGGGGGCUGGCUACAUUGAUUCAGAGUGUAAAUACUGCAUAACCAUAUCAUGAUUCUAUACAGUGGCAAAACAGGAGUAAGGAAGCUCUUUAUAUUCUGAUGUGAAACUACCUUCAAGAUGUAUUAAGUGAAAAAAAAAACAAAGGGUAGGACCGUGUAUAUGGCAUGGUACGAUUUGUCAGAACAAAAUUUGCACCAAGGUAAACUUGACUAAUACAGAUAUAUAGUGAGAACCAAGAUUUUUUAACUACUUAAUGAGUAAACCAGCAGGAUGGAUCAAAGGAAGAAAUGAGGACUUCCC